GGGAUCCCUGUUCUAGGGUAUCAGCUCCAGUAUUGGUGGUUGGUGUUGUUUCAUGAAGCUGUGGAGUUGUUUGCACAUUUAGGUAAUAAUUGGUCCAGUUAUAGAAGACAGGGGCAGGGAGGCAUGGUGUGAUCUCAUGGGGACCCAGACAGUCCUAUCGAAAACUGGCCUGUUCGGGUCAAAACGGGACAGAUGGUAACCCUACGCAUGACUAUGAUGUACCCCUGCUCUCUGUUUAGAUUUAGCCACCCUAGCACCUCCCCCUCGGUUGCUCUUUAGUUUUGACUGAUAUAGAUGCAGUAAAACAGAUGCGCUUUAUUUUAAACUAAACUACUGUAUUAUAUCCCAGAUCUUUCUAUAGGCUAUAUGAAAAACCACCUUAACUUUAAUAUUUCAGAUCAGCUACGGAGCCAUGGAUGCAAUUUUCACUGACAGAAGGAGGUUCCCAUACGUCUACCGAAUGGUCCCUAAUGAAAGAUAUUUGUAUAAAGCUCUCAUUCAGCUGCUGAAGCACUUUGGUUGGACCUGGGUGGGAAUCUUGAUAGCAGAUAUCGAAAGCGAUUAUAGAAAGAGACAACUAAUAGAACAGAUUACAAGCAAUGGGAUGUGCGUGGAAUUUGCUUAUGAAUUAGACUGGAAGAAAUUGGAAGCAAAAAUCGGCUUGGAUACUGCGAUCAUCAGAACAACUGCCAGAGUUAUCAUAAUCAGUGUUUCCAGAGAUAUGCUGAUGGGAGUCCUGCCCUUUAUACACGGACAUUCGAGCUUGAGAAGAAUAUGGAUUUUGUCAGGCACAUCUUUUUCUACUGGUAGUUUACAGCUCCGUCUUACAGAAAUCUUGAAUGGAAGUUUGGCCUUUCUAAAUUCUGAGAGUAAAAUAGACGGAUUUCAUGAUUUUCUCUUAAACGCAACCCCUAAUCAUUACCCAGAUGAUCCCUUCAUUUACAUGAUAUGGUUUAUUUGGUUUAGCUGUAUUACUCCUCAAAUGAAAAACAAAGCAAUGAAUAUGAGUGAUGUUUCCAAUGUGGAAGACUAUGAACUUGAUACCUGUCUUGGAAAUGAGACCCUUGCAUCAGUUCCUGACUUUAGACAGCUGGAUCUCAGAGUGCCCUACAGUGUGUACAAGGCUGUGUAUUUGUUGGCCCAGGCUCUACAUGUAUUGCUCUCAGAGAAGACUUCUCAUGGGGCUCCUACAGAGAAAGCCCGACUGGAGAGGGAACUGAACCCAUGGAAGGUGAGUUAUUGCUUUCAGUUGCCAGGCUCUAGGAGCAGAGCAUUCUGUGUAUUUCUCCUGUGUCUUCACUACAUGGGAGAGCAGAUAUACUGUAACCCAGGGUCAGGACAGAGAUAA